AUGCGGCCCCCUUUCCUUAUAACGUUGUGCGUUGUCGGUGCAAUGACGGCCCCAAACCUGCCACGACAAGAGCCAGGGCCGACCGUGCCCCUACGGAUAAUGGCGCUGGGCGCAUCCGUGACGUUUGGUACCGGAUCCUCAACUGGCAACAGUUACCGAAAAGAUCUCCAGGACCUGCUCGUGUCUAAAGGCAUGAAUGCCACUUACGUCGGCACUAAAACCAAUGGAAAUUUCCCCGACAAUGCCGUCGAGGCCACAGGUGGCUUCAAAAUCAACCAAAUCGCUGCUUCCGCCGAAAAAGCUAUACCUAUGGUGAAACCAAAUCUUGUGCUAGUCGACGCUGGCACCAACAACUGCAACAAAGGCGGAGAGGUGCCGGAUGCCGGAACCAAUGUCACAGACAUGAUCAACAAAAUCUACCAGCAAAGUCCCGGAACCACUGUAAUACUGGCUUCAAUUCUUGCCAACAAAGUCCCAGAACAAGACGCAUGUCGGAUCAAAAUCAAUGACCAGUACACAGCCUUGGCGGUAAAGUUUCAGCAAUCUGGGGCUAAAUUCGCGAUGGUGGACAUGCGCGGCGCUGAUGCCCCGACCCUCGACGAUCUUGCUGAUACAAGGCACCCUAAUGAUGGAGGAUAUGUGAAGAUGGCCAAUGUAUGGCUCAAGGGAGUUCAGGAGGUUAUGUCCAAGGGGUUCAUCACUUUACCCGCUUAA